CAGGUGCAGAGAAGAGAAGAGAAGAGAAGAGAAGAGAAGAGAAGAGAGAGAAGAGAAGAGAAGAGAGGGAGGAGAGGUGAAAAAAAUACAGGUCUAGUAAAGAUAAAGCAGUGUUCUUGCAUCCAGUGCUGACUGUGACCACCAGUGUGAGUACAGGCUUCAGUAAUACAUCUUGCUACCAGUUUCAAAUAUAGGUGGACAGAGAGUAAAAGACAGAGAGGCAGAAACAAAGAUGGCAGAGGCCCCGAAGAUUGAACUCUUCGUUAAGGCCAGUGUUGAUGCUGAGAGUGUGGGGAACUGUCCCUUCUGUCAGAGACUCUUCAUGAUUCUUUGGUUAAAAGGGGCCAACUUUACCCUCACCACUGUGGACAUGAAGAGGGCACCUGAUGUGCUGAAGGCUUUGGCUCCAGGCUCUCAGCCUCCCUUCCUCCUCUACAACGAAGAGGUCAAAACGGACACUAACAAGAUUGAGGAGUUCCUGGAGGAGACUUUAGCCCCACCACAGUAUCCGAAAUUGUGUUGUCGAUACAAAGAGUCCAACGGUGCUGGAGAAGACAUCUUCCGAAAAUUCUCAGGAUAUAUAAAGAACCCCAAUCCUGCAUCAAAUGACAUGCUAGAGAAGAAAUUUCUUUCAACUUUGGUGAAGCUUAACAUGUAUCUAGAGACACCUCUGCCUCAUGAGCUGGACCGGAACCCAAAUACCACUGAGUCCUCACGCCUCUACCUGGACGGUGACGCCCUCACCUUGGCAGACUGCAACUUGCUUCCCAAACUCAACAUUGUAAAGGUGGUGUGUAAGGAGUACCGUGACUUUGCCAUUCCCGCAGAGUUGAAAGGUCUGACACGUUACCUGGAUAAUGCCUACAAACGAGAUGAGUUUCGUUUUACCUGCCCAAAUGACUCAGAGAUCCUCAUUGCCUACCGCUCUGUGGCAAAGUACCUGAACAAAUAGAUCAAGAGGGAGAGAUGAAGCAGUAGAAGUGAGAAAGAAGAAUAGAAUGAGAAUGAACGCAGAGAAAAGGUGACAAAAUGCCUGAAAACUGUACAUGAUUUGUGUCAAAAAAAUAUGAGUCUGGAUAUUGAAAUUUAUUUGCAAUGGCAUGUUCAAUAAUUAUAUUUCUAUAAAAAGUACUGUUGCUUUCAUGAAUUGGGCUCUAGUAUUUUUAAAAUUGCCAACUGCUACAUCAAAGUUGCUUAAAAGUUGUAUUUGUAUAUAUUUUAUUGCAGGCUCUGGUUGUACUCAUGUGGAUUUCUUAUUCAGCCCCUGUGAGAGCGAGAAAGCACUGUAAAUCCCAGAGAAUAUUUAUGUUAUGUCUCAUUGCUCAUGCAUGUAUUGUGUCUAAGCAUUUACAUUUUGUUGAUUACAAUAUAUUAAUUAAAAUUGGACAUGAAAUAUGUCCAGAACAUUACUAGUGUAAACAUAAAAAAACAAAUCGCCUUGGCUGUAGAUAAGGCAGACUGUAAAGCUAUUCUUUGCUUCUAAAAUGUCUUUUAAUGGAAAGUUUUCAAACUAACAAGGAAUAUUGUUUCUCUUAAUGGAAAUGAGUUAACACCCCUUUACACCAUUUUCACAGUCCAUCUCCAUGAUUUUUUGUUUUGUAAAUUACUGCACGUUUCUCAGUAGUGACUAAGUUAUGUUUAACUUUAACAUAAAUGUAAGUUAAUGGAAUGAAAACAGGGUGAAGAAAAAUAAAAAUAUUUUGAUAUGUUCAAUAUUAAAGGCUAUGUGAAAAAGUU